CUGACCUGUGACUUACAUAUGCUUAACAAUUCGCAAACAGGCGAUAUUAUUUACAAAUAUUAUCUCUCAGUUCACAGCAAGAUUCGAACCUGCAAACUCGGCUUCAGAGUGCACAGUACUUUACCCACAACGCCAGAUUCCAGAUAAGUAUGGGAACCUAACCGAAGGAAGACGGUAUUUUUCCAUACUCAGGAGCACCAGGCUUGUUCAACGUAAUUUUAUCAAAUUCUACCACAAGCAGUAAACGAAUGAGAUUUUGAAAUGCUUAACAAUUUGCAAACAGGGAAAAUUAUUUACAAAAAUUAUCUCAUUCCACAGCAGAUCAAGUACUGUGUCACACUGAUGCCGAGUUUGCAGGUUUGAAUCCUGCUGCGACUUGAGAGAUAAUGCUUGUGUAUACAUAUAUAGAAGAAAAAUAAGGGCUUCAAGUCAUUAUCACAAGCAUUUAAAGUGAUUCAUUCACACGUACUGAAUAUCCUCGCUCAUGGGCACUGUUAUGCAUCGUAAGAACCUUUACAGUCAGUCUUCAUUACUUCAUACCCCUUCAAGGUGAUUCCUUGAUGCUUGUCAAGGGCUCUGAAAGUGGGAUUAAGUGGAGCAUAUAUAAGGGCUUGCCUAGAAUGAUCUGGGUUCACUUGUUUUGCGGUCAACAGCGCUAGAAGAGCAAACAUGAAGACCUUCCUGCCCCUCGUUCUUGUAUUUCUGGCUGUAGCAGCCAACGCUGCUCCUGCUGCCCAGACCAGUUCCCUCUUCGACACCACCACCAGCACCACUACACUAAGUCCUUUGAGUGUGGACAGCAACCCAGUGCCCCCAGUCCACUCCAUCAAGGCCCGCAACGCCCAACCAGGCCCUUCCAAAGGCGUCGUACCCGUCAUGAUUGUGUGCAUAGGUUGUGGUGAUUCCUCAGAGGAGAGCUCUGCAGAAGAGAAGACUGAGAAAGAGAAAACUGAAGCUCCAGCCACUACCACUGCUCCCAUUGACGAAAAGAAACCCCUUGCCUCUCCCACUGAUGAAAAAAAGCCUGUCGUCUCUCCCACUGAUGAAAAGAAGCCUCUUGCCUCUCCCACUAAUGAAAACAAGCCCGUCGCCUCUCCCAACGAUAGAAACAAGCCCAUUGCCUCUCCCACUGAUGAAAAUAAGCCCGUCGCCUCUCCCAACGAUAGAAACAAGCCCGUUGCCUCUCCCACUGAUGAAAACAAGCCCGUCGCCUCUCCCAACGAUAGAAACAAGCCCAUUGCCUCUCCCACUGAUGAAAAUAAGCCCAGUGCCUCUUCCACUGAUGAAAGCAAGCCUCUUGCCUAUCGCUUCCACGAAAGAAGACCAUUUUCAUCCUCCCGCUUCAGUAACGCUGCCCCAACUCACACCAGUAAGGCAGGUUACAAGCUCUAAACACUGUCAAGACGAC